AUGAACUGGAUGCCAUGUGGAGAACCCGAGCAGCCGAUAUACAGCAGCGUGAGCCGGACGGAGAACCAAGCUCAUUAUUCCUGCCUCCCCGGCUUCACCUUGAAGGGAGAGACGGUGUUGAACUGCCUGGCUGACGGGCAAUGGUCAUCCUCGCCUCCGACGUGUGUCGAGCAAGAGUGCGAGGCGCCGGUGCAGAUCGCGAAUGGGUUCUUGCUCUUCCCCGGCUUCAGAAGCAGAUACGUGUUUGGACUUCGGGCCAUCUACAAGUGUAACUCUGGGUUUCUUCUCUUCGGAAAUGCCACAAUGACCUGCGGUCCUGUUGGGGUCUGGUCCGGGUCUGUGCCGCAAUGCAAGAAGGUGCAGUGUCCGGCUCCACCGUCAUUCGCGAAUGCGAGAUCGAUCCUUCCCAACGGAUCCGAAUGGGAGGCCGUUGCUGUUUAUCGAUGUGAUCCUGGAUUCAUCAUGCCGGAUGGCGGAAGGGAGUUGAGGACCCGAUGCAUCGACUCGGGGAAGUGGGAGUCGGUUGUGGUGGACUGCAUGAACGAGACAAGGGAGGACCGAGGAUGGAGUCUGGAGACGGAGGUGCGCCGUACGAAUGACGAACACGAGGGUGCAAAGGAGGUGAAGGAAGGGGAAGCGAAGGAAAGAGAGGGGAAUGUGACGGGGGUACUGAAGGAGGCGUCGAAGGUGGAGGUCAUCGUGGGGAUCACCGCCACGACCGUCGUGCUGUGUCUCGUUCUGGCCAUCAUGGGAUAUCUCUUUCUCAAGCGCAGGCGUUCUCGAGGCGACGUGAAGGAGAGCGUGCUAAAUCCGCGCUCCACCCCACCCUGCCCCUUCAUAGAGGCCCGCGACCACUUCUACGACGAGGUCUACACCCUGUCGACCCGCAGCCAUCUCUCCUCGGCCGCCGGCGAGGGCCAGACCCCAACGACAGGCGACUACGACUCCCUUGAGCCGAUCUCCAUGUACCACCCGAUGGACUCUUCCAUCUCGGACGGCUCGUCCUCCGUCAACGACAAUCCCUCUCUCAUCUACGACGUGCCGGGGAAGGGACAGUCGGAUCGGGAACAUCGAUACCAGAAUCUCCCUGUCCUGAAGCCCCUCCAUACCCCCAAGGGCACUACGAUGCCCGACAUCUUGAAGGUGUCGACCAACGUCUCCGCGGACGUCUUCGCCCUCUACGCCAAGGUGAACAAGUCGAAGAAGACCAAGACGAAGAGAUCGGAAGAGCCAAACGACUCACCCAAAUCCUCUAGUCCCUCCCAAUUCCACACGAUCCCCGCUCACUCCCGUCCCAACUCGGACUACGAGACCCUGGACGAAGGCCAUCAGAAGCAGGAACAGGACGUUAUCUACGCCGAGAUCGACGUCCCGACCAGUGAAAUCGAUCGCCAGCAGUCACACGAGGAACAAGAUGGGCUAGCCCAUUCCAGUAUUGGACUUCCUUUUGUUUAA